AAUGAAAUAUUCAAACAAUCCAUAAUUUCAAUCUAUAGAAAAGGUUAGGAGAGGUACUUUGAUAUUUUUAAUCCACUUAGAAUCUCCAUAAACUGAUAGGUUAAAAAAUUUAACUGAGAAGUGGUCAAAUUUAAAAUAAGGAUUGGAUAAAGAAAAAAAUGACAAAAAAGAAUUAGUAGAAUAACACAUCCAAAGAAUAGAAUCACUUUUGAAUUAAGAAAGACCUAAGGAAGAAUAAAAGUUCAAGACUUUAAAAGACCAUUUGUUAAAAUUACAAGAUUAAGUUUAUUAAGAAAAAAAUGAUAGAGAAUUAUUUGAUGAAUUAAAAUAGAAAGAUCUAAGGAAUUUUGAAGAACAAUUAACUUAGCAAGUGGAAGACGAAAAAAGUGUAUAUAUUUGAAUUUGUAAUUAGAACAAAAGAAAAUUAGAAUUAUAAUUAUUAAAAUAAAUUGAAGAAAGGUUUAACAGUCUAAAUUCAAAUUUAUAAUAGAACAAUGGAAAUUGUAAAGAUAAAACAAAUAAAUUAUUAUAAAGCAUUAAUUUAUAAAUGAGUGAAUUGAAAUAUUUAUUAGAAGGAGAAACUCAAAAUAGAGAAGAUUCAUAGAAUAAUUUAAUUGAAUAAAUAGAUAACUAAAUUAAUGCAUUUUAAGAUAUGUUACAUGUAGAAAGAUAAAUUAGGGAUGAAACCUAAAAGAAAAUAUUUAAUAUGAUAGAAGAUAUACAUUAAAGAAUUCAGACUGAAUUAAGAAGUGAAAAACAAUAAAGAGAAUCUAUGGCAGAUUAAUUAUUGAGACUAUUAGAAGACACAUGUGUGAGAAUUGAUGAAUAGUUUAAUAAUUGAAA